GUUGUUUUUUUUUUCCUACCAAAAAUACCAGAAAAUAAGGUGAAAGAAAAGCAAGAAAUGGCAACAGCCUUUCUCUCCACUGCAAAUACCUUUAUUUAUUCGUCUCUAUCCUCUUCGGCAUCUCCUUCCUCUUCUUUGUUAACAUCACCAUCAUUAUUCUUCCCUCACAAACACAAUGCAAACAGACAAUUAGCUAUAUGCAAGGCAUUCGCUGAGUCCUCCCCAAAUCUUACCAAAAGAAGCCUUUCCAUCAGCUUCAUCACCAGCUUUGGCUUCUUAUUUUCUGCUAAAGAUUGGUCUGCUGCUAAUGCAGCGAUUCUGGAGGCUGACGAUGAUGUGGAGCUCUUGGAAAAGGUCAAGAAGGACAGAAAGAAGAGGAUUGAGAGACAAGGAGUCAUUAGCUCAUCUAACAAAGAAACAGGAUAUCUGCAGGAACUGGUGUACAAGCUGAGCAAAGUUGCUCAAGCCAUUGACAAUAACGAUCUAUCUACAGCUAGUUCUGUUCUUGGGGGAAGCUCUAAUACAGAGUGGGUUAAGAAUGCCAAUAAAGCCUUCACCAAGCUGAGUUCUAGUCCGGAAGAGAAGACUCAAGUGGAUACAUUCAAUUCUUCACUGGUUUCAUUGAUCUCCUCAGUAACUCGUAAUGAUGUUGAGUCCUCCAAACUUGCUUUUGUCUCGUCAGCAAGUGCAUUUCAGAAAUGGUCAGCCUUAACUGGGCUUGUGGGACAACUCAAGGGGCUUUGAACAGUGACCACAAGUUUUCCUUUAAUUGAGGGAAGGAUUAAAGUCAGAUCAAUUCUCCAACUUCUAGCUGGCGUGAUUCAAUAGUUUUCUUCAUGGUUUCAGUUAGUACUUGCACAAAUUCCGGAAUAACAGGGUAUUGUUCUUUUUGCACGAGUUGUUGUAAUUCGUUGCUCGGUUUGAUUGAGCUUCGAUUAUAAGUACCAAAAUUUCUCACCAACCAUUGAAUUAAUUAAAUC